AUUUUUCAGAUAAGGCUGUAGCGAUUUGAUGAUAAUUGACUAUUUAAUAUAUAUAUAUAUAUAUAUAUAGUGUAGUAUAGAGAUGGACGAUUCAGAUGAAGAAUAUGUUUCUCAACAGCCUGUGGGAGAAACAGAGAGUCCAGCUUCGAGACUUUCAUCUGAAGAUCCUGAAGAGUCAGAUGGAGUAUCAAGAAGAACAAGAUCAAAUGCUAAACGAACUCAAGUUAGUGAAUUGAAAGGUGCCAAUGGUUAUGCAUGGGAAGAUGAAUAUCAAAGAUCAUGGGAUAUUAUGAAAGAUAAUGAUAAUGGACAAUCACUUGAAAUGAUUAUUCAAAGUAUGAUUGAGAAUAGAAAGAAGAAAAUUAUGAAGAAUCCAAGUACACCAUUUCAAAGAGGAAUUAUUCGAACAUUAAUUGUAGUAAUUGAUGGAUCAUUAGCUAUGUUAGAAAAAGAUUUAAGACCCACAAGAUUUUCUAUGACAUUAUCAUUAUUACAAGAAUUUAUAGUAGAAUUUUUUGAUCAAAAUCCUAUAUCACAAUUAGGUAUAAUAUUAAUGAGAAAUGGUAUAGCUCAACUUGUAAGUGAAGUUAGUGGAUCUCCACAAUAUCAUCUUGAUAGAUUAAGACAAUUAAAAGCCAAACAACAUAAUAAAUUCGAACCUAAAGGUGAACCAUCAUUACAAAAUUCAUUAGAAAUGGCUCGAUCUUUAUUAAAAUAUAAUUUUGGUAAUAGUUCAAAUAAUACAAAGAAUUCAAAAGAAGUACUUAUAAUUUUUGGAUCUAUUUUUACUAGUGAUCCUGGUGAUAUUCAUAAAACUAUAGAUAGUUUAGUUAAAGAUGAUAUAAGAGUUAAAGUCAUUGGAUUAUCUGCUCAAGUAGCUAUUUGUCAAGAAUUAGUUAAUAGAACUAAUAAUCUUGCAAGAAAUAUUGUAUCAAAGAAUUAUGGAAUUAUUAUGAAUGAAUCUCAUUUUAAAGAAUUACUUAUGGAUUGUGUAAUACCAUUACCAAUAUCAGAAAAGGAAAGAGAACAAGAAGCAAAAUCUUCAAAGGGAGUUCCAUUAAUUAGAAUGGGAUUUCCUUCUAAAAUUCAACCAACUUUAACUUCAAGUUUAAAUAAUUCAACAUUUACAAUUGAUUUUCCUCAAUUAAGUGCAUCUGAUCCAACUCAUGGUUCAGAAAAUUCAAAACAAAUUAAUGAUAUUGAUGGAAUUAAUAUUAUAACUAAUAAUACUAUUGGUUAUCAAUGUCCUCGAUGUAAAAGUAAAGUAACAAAUUUACCAACUGUAUGUCCUGUAUGUGGAUUAAUGCUUAUUCUUUCAACUCAUUUAGCUAGAUCUUAUCAUCAUUUAAUACCUUUAUCACCAUUUAAAGAAGUUCCAGUUAAUUCUGAAUAUUCAAGUUUACAUUGUUUUGGAUGUUUACUUAAAUUUCCAUCAGGAAUUUCUUCAGAAACUAAUAAAGAUUCUUUAGAUGUUUUAACCAGUUCAAGAUAUAGAUGUCGAAAAUGUAAGAAUGAUUUUUGUAUUGAUUGUGAUGUAUUUGUACAUGAAAUUUUACAUAAUUGUCCUGGUUGUGAAAAUACUUGAGAGAUUGAAUUUGGUUUUUUUUGAAAUAUACUAAUAUACAAACGAUUUAUGCAUUUUACAAAGUUAUUAUGUUAUCAUUUUCCCCAACUACUUCUGUUUCCUUUAUUGUUUUGAGAUCCCCAACUAGAGCUCCCACCAGUAGAACCCCAAGUAGAAUUACCUCCUUGACCCCAAGUUGAGUUACCACCUUUAUUGGUAGAACCCCAAGUGGAAUUACCUCCUUUACCCCAAGUGGAAUUUCCUCCAGUACUACUAUUAGAUCCCCAACUAGAGGAUCCACCUUUGGAACCCCAAGCUGAAUUACCACCACUACUACCACCACCACCAUUAUUAUUAUUAUUAUUAUUAGCACCCCAGGCUGAAGCUCCACCCCAAGUGGAUUGACUUCCAUAAGCAGG